UGAAGACCCUUGUGCUACAUCACCAGAGAACAUGUACAUCUAGUGAGAGAUCAUUGGGAGGUUGCCUGUGUGAUGUAGCUCACAAUGUAUUUGAACUCUAUGAGAUGAAGGAGGAAGAUGGACAACUGUGGAUAUAUGACAGUAAGAAGGAACUUGCAGAUGUUGAUUUCCCAUUUGUUGAUGUACAACCAAGACUAGGAUCAGGAGUAUACAGGCAUUAUAAUUAUUGGAUGAUGCCAGUAGUUCUCUACAUCACAAUCCGUGCACUGAGAUCUGGCUGCUGUACAGGAGAGGAGGCUUUACAUGUAGACAGAUGGUUAAUCCUAUCUGAACUAUGGAACAACAAGGGAUACGGUCAUUAUGUAUAUGAUGAUUUGGUGAAGUGCAAGAUACCAAUACAAAAGAUUGAUGAAUUAAUAACCAGAUUUUAUAGCAAAUAACAAUUUAUCUCAUCCUAUAGCCUAAAUAACAGUAUAAUCUCUUGUCUCUAUAAUUGGGUCCAAGGUAAAACUGAAUUCCUUUACCAGAUAUAU